GUUCCUCGAGAUGAUGCGCGAUUAAAAGAGACUUGUGCGACGAGAUCGGGGGUGUGUCUGUGAUAAUUGAAUAGAAAGAUCAUCUUGCGCUGAGUUCGACGCGUCUUGUGAAUUGUUGCUCUGAUCUGUCUGAUUUUUUUUCGGGGAGCUCUUCCUGCUGUUCACGCGAAUCUGACCAUGUGUAUCGAUGCAAACUCAUUCUAAUUUAGAUGAUUCAUGAAGAUCGCAGAUCUCAACCGAAGAUUAACAAGUUGCAGUUAACAGAGAAAAAAAGAUUCCUUGCACAAAACUGGGAUACUACAUAAGGUGUCAAAUAUGGAGGAAAACGGACGUGGAGAAACGUUGUGUAAGGUCUGCGGGGAUAAAGCUUCCGGAAAACAUUACGGCGUACCAAGCUGUGACGGAUGCAGGGGUUUCUUCAAGCGGUCAAUCCGCAGGUACGCGAGGAAUUUGGACUACGUGUGCAAAGAGAACGGACGUUGCAUCGUGGACGUGUCGCGGCGCAAUCAAUGCCAAGCUUGUCGCUUCACAAAAUGUCUUCAGGUCAACAUGAAACGAGAUGCCGUGCAACACGAGAGAGCACCGAGGAGCACGUCUUCUCUCGUUACAGCGGCGAGAAGGACACCUUCGGGACUUUAUACGGGAAUUUCUAAUGUCUAUCAUCCGGCGGGUACCACUUAUCAUCCACUUCUAUAUCCCGCAUUGUUCCCUUUCAAGCCUACGGUAUCAACAUUCACCCCGUCAGUCGCACACUUCCUACCACGACCAUCUCCGGAAUCUUUGUCUAUGACUACUGCCAAGGAGGAUGAAGUUACUAGCUCCGAGGAAGCAGCAACUGUUGACAUUAGAAUUGAAUCAAAAGAGGAAUUAGUAAAUACACGUCUGGCGCCGCCGGUCAUCACUUCCGUUUCAUCGGAAUACAUGAUGCAAGGCUUAUCACUCCUGCCGACCGAAAAUAUUUAUGAAUUUGCGGCAAAAUUACUUUUCUUCGCCGUGAGAUGGGCAAGAAGUAUACAUUCCUUUCUGCAACUCCCUUAUAGAGACCAAACUAUUCUUCUGGAGGAGUCGUGGAGCGAAUUAUUUGUACUGACGGCAGCACAGUGGAGCUUUCCCGUGGACGAGAGCAUCUUGGUGCCUGUGGAUCUGCCGAUGGAACGAAGGGAAGUUCUACUCGACAAAGCGAGGAGACUGAGAGAACUUCUAGCAAAAUGCGCCGCGCUGAGGGUGGAUCAUUCAGAGUACGCGUGCUUAAAGGCCAUAGUCCUGUUCAAGGCGGAAUCACGAAACCUCUGCGAGCCGGGACGAGUAUCGGCAUUGCAGGAGCAAACGGUGGCGGUUUUCUGCGAGAGGGAUGCGCGCAGGGUGGGUCGAUUGUUGCUGCUCUUACCCCCAGCACGCGCUCUUUGUCGUGUUACCCUGCACGAGCUGCUGUUCAAACCGACAGUCGGUGACGUCAGCGUGGAGCGUCUACUGGGCGAUAUGGUCGGCGCUCUUAGGCCUGCUUAAUUAGUAUUUGACGAUUAUUAUCUCGAGUGUAUUCUUUAUUUAUCGACGAAAGAUCAAAAAGACCAUCAAAAAGACCGUCGAUCCCAAGUAAAUUUUUCUCGGAGAUGAUUAAAGGCUAUGACAUUUUAUCAACCGUUUUGACUACAUCGAAGAUAAUUACACGAAUUGUUUUAAUCAUACGAGUGUUUUAAUCUAUUCAGUUAUUGUUUUAUUAUCGAAAAUGCACAGAUCUUUAAAAUAGCACUUUUUGCGUACUUUAAGAUUGACAGAAGCAGAAAAAACAUGCAUUUACACGUUAAAAAAAUCAUAU